GUUUCGCUGUUGAGUAUCUCGUUGUACUUUGUAGACUGUUCCACAGAGUAGCCAUUUUUGUAGUUUAUAAGAAAAUCUCUUUGUUUUAAGACUUUUGUUUUCCUGUUCAUGUACUGUUAAGUAUUCAAAUUGUGAUUUGGUAUUCCAAUAAGGUUCCAGUUAACAUCCAACUUGCUCGUCAUUAUUUUGCUGGCAUACGUUAUGCAAUCUGUUCAAAUAAUCAAAGCAAUGAAAUAAAUACGGAAAAAAGAGUCAAAUAGUCCAAAAGCAGAUCAAAAAUUACAUCAAAACGAAAUGUGUUUACGCGAGUAACAUUGAUAACGAAACCAAUAUAUAAUCAGCAACAGCGAUCGAAAGCCAGUCGAAAGGCAAAUAACCUUAUCUGAACUCUUUGCACACCGUAUAUUCAUACAUAUGUAUGCAUAACAACCUACAUCUAUUGAAUAAUAACAUUGGUUCAUAUAUGGCUGGAUAUAUGGACAUAUAGAAGAGACAUGGAAACAUUGACACAUGCAUCAGUAAUUGCAAAUGCCAAUUUUAACGGAGAUAAUUGCUGCAAAAAAAUAUCGCAACCGCAUCCUCAACAUUUUAAAUGAUGAUGGCUGGAAAUCAAUUGACUGAACCCAGUAAAAGUGAUGAAUUGUCGAUUCAGCUUUUAAUUUCCGAUAACAAUGGGACCGACGACGCCACUAUCAGUCAAAAUGGUAUGGCUUAUCGAGCAGAAGGAAAUGCUAAUUUAGUUCUAUCAAUCAACCAACGGAGGCAAAUUUUGCGACUACUAAAAGUGGUGAAAGAAUGCAAUGAUGGUGGCAGGGAUGAUACCGAACUGGAAAAACUGCAACAAACUCUUGCCUAUGUACAAUCAUUUACGCUUCUGUUGACGGACGAAUUCACAGUCAUACCGCAAAUAGCUGAAGUUAUUAUAAACGACUAUAAUGCAUUUAAUAGGUGGCUGCUUCCGUAUCGUCCAGAAGAGCGAACGGUGAAAGAAGUACGAUGUCGAUACGGUUUGCUAUAUCCUGACGUGGCUUUCAUGCCAGACCGAUUAUCGUUAAACAAAAGCAGCGAACUGUGGAACGGUGACCAAGAUACAUACUGCAUUGAAAUAAAACCGAAACAAGGAUGGACACUGGGUAAAUGCAACCCGAAUCCAUUUCCCGGCAUUGAUCUCAAUGGAAUUGAUAAAUGCCGCUAUUGUGCUAUGCAGUAUUGGAAGCUCGGCGAAGGGAAGAUUCAGAGAGUAAGUCACUACUGUCCGAUAGAUCUCUUCAGUGGAUAUAGCAACAGAAUGCGUCGAGCGAUAUCAGGUCUGAUAGAAGAACCACAAAAUAAUUUCCGUUUAUGCAAAAAUGGUCAACUGGUCUUCGACGAUAAGACUGAACCUUCAGCAAUUCAUUCGAUUGUUGGCGAUAUUUUCAAACAGCGGCCUUCUGUUACAUUAGAUGACUUUGUUUACCUGAUUCUGUUGAUGUUGAUAAAAGACUUCAAUCAAAUCGUAAAAGAUGGUGGUGACAUUUCGAAGACACACAACACCAACGAUAGAAGCUGCUUCGAACCAACAAAAAACGCUCUGCCUGCAAACUCCAUUCUGAAACAAAUUUUGGAUAUUCAAUUGUUAUCGAAGUCAUAUGUUUGGUCCAUUGACGAUUUCAAAGAAACCCAUUCAAAUGCACCAUCACAAUGUUCAAAUAAAGAUUUUACAAACCGGGUCGCCGAUAUAAGCAACAGUCGUUCGUCGGUACGAGAAAAUUUCUUCGAAAAUCUAAGCAAAACAGAGUGUUAUACAUUGGGUGCAACUGCAUUAGACUGUUCGAUAAUGUUGACCUUUCAAUGGAUAUAUGAUACCGACACCGACAGCAUCACAGACAAUGUGCGAAAGCACAUCAUCAGCCAUGGUCGUGAUAAGUUUUUAGUAAAUGCUACGGUUGUCGAUGUUGACCCUAAAACGCCCGAUCACUUUGUGAAGUACAUAAAACAAACGAAUGCAUCGCAUAGGGCUUAUAGAGGAACGUUAAACAACGAAUUAGAAAGUAUACAGACGGAAAAUUAAAUUUCGUUUGAAAGUUUGCAUUUGAUUAUACACUUCCUAAUAACGUUCGAUUGUUUGUUCGUUUGUUUGCAAUCGAAUCGUUGGAAUUUAAAUGAAUGAACCAAUUUUUUUGUACAAAAGUUAAUUAGAUUGUUCGAUUUGAUGUAAUAAAAAAAGUGUUCAUCAGA